CACAUACCAUGUAUGGUCAGCCAUAUCUAAGAGCAUUUCGUUUCGCAGCAGUUCGCUGCCUAUAAUGCAAGCAAUGAUUUCGGAAGUGAGGCAGCUUAACAUGUUGAUAGGAGUACCACACCCAGAAAGGGCAAGUAAAAGGUCAUUACAUAACCUCGUCACUUUCGACUCGCACGACGAUGGGCAAAGCACAAAAGAAAACUGGGAAAGGGCGUCUCGACAAAUAUUACAAGCUUGCCAAGGAACAAGGCUAUCGUGCCCGUUCUGCCUUCAAGCUCAUCCAACUCAACAAAAAGUUUGCCUUCCUCGAGUCGGCACGAUGCUGCAUCGACCUCUGCGCUGCACCAGGAGGCUGGCUGCAGGUCGCUAGUAAAUACAUGCCAGCCAAUAGCGUUAUCGUUGGUGUGGACUUGGUGCCCAUCAAACCGAUUCCGCGAGUCGUAACGUUUACUGCCGACAUCACUACAACUCAGUGUCGCAAUUUCAUUCGCAAUGAGCUAAAGGAUUGGAAAGCUGAUGUUGUCCUUCACGACGGAGCACCGAACGUUGGUACCGCCUGGGUUCAGGAUGCCUAUAGCCAGUCGGAGCUUGUCCUCAUGAGCCUUAAACUGGCCGUCGAAUUUCUCAGGAGAGGGGGCACAUUCGUAACCAAAGUUUUCCGCAGUGCCGAUUAUAACAACCUUAUGUGGGUCUUUGGACAAUUGUUUGGAAAAGUAGAAGCGACAAAGCCACCUUCCUCGAGAAAUGUGUCUGCCGAAAUAUUCGUCGUUUGCCACGACUUUUUAGCCCCGAGACAUGUUGACCCGAAAUUUCUGGACCCUAAGCAUGUAUUCAAGGAUCUCAGUGCAUCUGCCGCUUCUGGCUUGGACAAGGGUUUGUCCGCCAACAAUGCCCACGAAAACGUUUUUAUGCCGGAGAAGAAACGUCGAAAGAGGGAAGGGUAUGAUGAUGGAGAUUACACCCUAUUCCGACAAGUUCCUGCAGGGGACUUCAUUCGAAGUUCAGAACCCGUUAACGUGCUUGGCUUAGCAAACAGAAUAGUCUUCCAGUCGGAAGAGGAAAAGGGGUGGCUAGGCCUCAGCAUUACGACACCAGACGUUAAGGUCAAUUGCGACGACCUCAAAGUUCUUGGCAAACGCGACUUUAAGACAUUGCUAAAAUGGCGGUUAGCUCUCCGCGAGGAGCUUGGGCUGGAUAUGAAGGCGAAACCCGCCGAGGAGUUCACGGAGUCUGUCGAAGUAGCCGAAGUUAUGGACGAGGAACAACAGAUACAACAAGAGUUGGAACGUCUCAAAGCAGAAGCUUCCGUGAAAGCUAAACGGGAGCGGAGACGGGCGAACGAACUUAAAGCAAGAACUAUACAACGAAUGCAAUUGCAAAUGACCGCUCCUUUGGACAUUGGUUUAGAACUGAACGAUAUGUCUCUGAACAUGGGCCAAGAAGAUAUUUUUGAUUUGGUCGGUGCGGAGAAGGGGCUAAACCGACACGGUGGUGUUGUUCGAUUCGUUAACAGUGAGGAAUUACCUAAAGACAACGAAGACGAAGAAGGGGAAGGAUCGGGGCAUGAAGAUACCGAAGAUGAGGUUCUGGAUGUGGAUCAGGAUAGAGAAAGGAAAUUAAGUGCUCUCGAGGCUGAGCUUGAUGGGAUGUACGAUGCGUAUCAAGAGAAGUUGAAGGAGAGGGAUACCAAGCACAAAUUGAAGGAAACCAAGAGAAAAAACGGGGUGCUAGAGGAGUGGGGUGGCACCCAAAACGGCGCUGGGGAUAACAGCGAUGGCGACUCCGACGAAGGUGGCUGGGAGGAGAUGGCAGCACGCAAGCAGAUGGACCAAGAUAGUUCUUCAGAUGAGGAGUCCGAUGGAGAACCCCAUGUUCGCCAAAAACGCAGCCGGCAGGAACUGGCGAGUGCAUCAUCGAACAAGAAGGUCAAGCUCAUAGCAAAUCUCCUUCAUGCUGCACAAGUUUGGUUCAGCCAAGACAUGUUUAGGGACAUUGACACGAAGGUAAAUGACGCUGAUGGAGAACAAGUAGACGAAGACGUCGAUAUGUCAUCAUCACCUGCUGAAAGUCGGUCUGGAGGUGUUCAAUUUGAGGCAGGAGACGAAGAAGGUUUGGAGAUUGACAUUGCUCCAAGGGACCACGGAGAAAGCGAUGCAGAGGAUAUGGGACAAGAUAAACGCAGAGCUCAUAUUGAGGAAUAUGGGCUCAAUACUGCGGAAGCGGUCACACUUGCCCAGCAACUGGUAAAUCGUAAAACGACCACCACUCGCCUGAUCGAUGAUGGUUUUAAUCGAUAUUCCUUGAACGCAAAGGACGGGCUUCCAGCGUGGUUCCUCGACGACGAAGUAAAACAUUAUAAACCCAACAUUCCUAUCACCAAAGAGGCUGUAGCCGCCCUUAGAGCUCGUCAACGUACGCUGGACGCCCGUCCUAUAAAAAAGAUUGCGGAAGCCAAGGGUCGGAAAAGAUUGCGUGCUGCUCGGCGACUCGAGAAAGCCAUGAAGAAGGCAGAAGUUGUCAAUGCUAACGUAGACAUGACAGAAAGUGAGAAGGCCAAGCAAAUCGAAGUACUGAUGAAGAAGGGUGCUUCUAAAGCCAAACGGAAGGAAGUUAAAGUCAUUGUUGCCAAGGGUGGCUAUAAAGGGGUCAAAGGCCGACCGAAAGGGGUGAAGGGUCGGUAUACGAUGGUUGAUGCCAGGAUGAAAAAAGAGGUUAAAGCUCGGAAACGAAGAGAAAAGAGUACAGGGAAACGUCGCUAGUGGAUAUUUCAUUGAUAUUGCUGUCACGAUAUGCUUGCAUGGAUAUAUGGAGUGUAUUAGU